AUGCUGCGGACUUCAAACCUGAAACGUGUACGGAAACUGGCCAACCAGUAUGAUUUCACUUUUGUAGUGGAUGAUACGAUCGGAAGCUUUGCGAAUGUGGAUGUAAUUGAUGUUGCAGAUAUUGUUGUGACCUCGCUUUCAAAAUAUUUCAACGGGUUUGCCGAUGUUCUUGCGGGCAGCAUUUUCCUAAACUCUAACUUUCCACACUACCCGGAGUUGAAGAAUGCCUUUAAUGCCGAAUAUACCAAUAACCUGUAUCUUGCGGACGCGAUGCGGCUCGAGCUUAACAGUCGGGGCUACCUCGAGCGUUUUACACAGCAAAACGACACUGCCUCCGCUGUUGACUUCCUAUGCCCUUACACGAGUGACGCCAAGAGCACCUUGGCUACAGUCUACUAUCCGAAGCUGGUUCUUCAGCAGGAGAAGACCUGGGCUUCGAGCCAUGGUUUGAGCGAGACGCUAGUGCGCAUUUCAGUUGGAAUGGUGGAAAAACAUAGCAUGUUGGAAUGCGUGAAGAAGGCAUUGCAGGCAGCAGAUGCCACCAGGAAUGCCUAA